GUUCAUGGACGACAGUAAAGAGUGCAAGCGAAAUUGAAUUUAAAAAAACACAGGAAACUGGUCAUACUUUCUUCGCGACAUUGUAUAUUACAGUUGCCUAUCGUGAUGAAGAGAUGUUACUGUUCGCCACUAAACGUGUCAGGAACCACUUUUCUUUGAAAACGUAAUAAGAUUUUUUAUGUGUGUCUUAAAAUGAAAUAUGAAACUUUUAAGAUAAUAUCAUUUCACAUGAUUGGAUAUUCAUAUCGGACAUUAAUGGCGAUCAAUCUAUUGGUACCAGGCUGCGUUUGCUGCAACUCCUGCAUGCUAAUUAAUAUUAUUGGAAAAGUUUUAUUGUGUGAGAGACGAGGUUUUAUGGACUGAUUAAUCAACCAUACAAGUUUUCCACAUGCGCUACAUGGGAUAUACGUGCUUUAUUUAGAUCAUGAAAUUGUAUUCAGGCCUUACAACUUUAUCAGUAUUUGAAUGAAAACAUGCUGAUGCUGUCACAAUGAAGCAGCGUGUACUGCAAAUUUCGUGUUCCCAGUUUGACAGGAAUAAUACAUUGAAUAAUACAUUAGUUACAAAUAAAACAACAUCAUUUCCAAUUUUGUUGACUAUUUUACGAGGCUGCCUUUAUAGAAAUAGUUCAUCACUUCAGCUGUUUGUUGACUUAGUUGAGACUGACAAGGAACCUGAAAUAAACAAAGAUUUCGGUGCUCUCAUGUAUAUUGUCACAGUCCUUUUAUUAUAUUCAUGUGGAAUAUUUUUCAUGAUAAUGAAAAAUUUGAAAAGGGAAAAGCAUGAAGUUGACGAGGAACGGACGCUUGAUGACUUCUUUCGAGGAAUACCUGUCAGUGAAAAGGAGCGUGAACAAAUAAAUGUACACCGUAUUGCUAUACAAGCUUUCAAUACAUUAACAUCCAGUAAAUCACAGGAAAUAAGUGGUAUAGAUGAGUUUGAUUAUUAUCAUCAAAAUAAAUCUUACAAUGCCAACGUUCAAUCUUAUGGUGUAGAUACAAUUGAAGAAGAUGAAGAUGAGGAAUAUGAAAGUAAUGAUCUCAUGUAUGAAGAUAAUGACAUCGACAGUGAUAAAGAAAGUGACGCGGAAACAUCUGAUAACAUAGAAUAAACACAGCAUGCCUACACUGUAAAUGUAUGUUCAAGCGGAAUGAAAGAACUUAAACACAAAA